AUGACGGCACGUCUCAACGAACUUACAAGUCGUGAAGAAAAGCAGAAGGUUAUAAUUGAUUUCGUGAAGAAAGUUUUUAAUCGCAAGCCCGAUGGUCGAGACCCCAUACUGUUGAAACGGCAUCUUCCAGAGUCUUUCUUCCAGCCUGAGCCUGAUGAUGAGACAUGCAACAUGCCUGAGGACCUUAAAUUAAUGGUUUGUCGUGUUCGCAUGUUGAAUUAUUUGGGACGAAAAGUCACUGUCGGUCUCGCUGGAUUUAUAAAGACAGUGGAACUUGAGGCGGGCCAAUAUUUAUUCAAUACGGGUGAUCAAGAGAACAACAUAUUUGUCGUGAAAAAUGGCCAAGUCGAUCUUAUACUAAUGGAUACGGAUGGCAAUGAAGUUGUCGUUCACGAAGUCACCGCCGGGGGAAAUCCCUACUCACUAAUGGCCAUCAUUGACUGGAUGAUCCAACAGCCGUCAACUUAUCACUCGGCCAAGGCUAUUGCGGCCACAAACAGCACUGUGAUUUGUUUGUCUAUUCCCGAUCUCUUGAAAGUCUGUCAGCAGAACCCACCUGCCAUGUUGCGUCUCGUGCAAAUGAUAUGCGUUCGCAUUCAGCGGGUCACCUUCUCGGCCCUGCACAACUUUUUCGGGCUCGAUAAGGAAUUAUUCAAUCAGGCAGGUUUUGUGCAUUACUUGCUUCUACGCUUACCUUAG